AUGUCUGAAUUAUCAUCUUCAACACAAAUAUUUCUUUUACUUAUAUUAUUGAUAAUAUGUGUUUUGAUUAUACAUUUACUUAUUCGUAAACGUUUUAAUUAUUUACCAGAAAGUGUUGCAAUUAUUUACAUUGGUGGAAUAUUUGGUUUAGGUAUUAAAUUAUAUAAUCAAUGGAUAUCAAAAACUAAUGAAACAUCAUCAACAACAAUUGUUCAAACAUCAUCACCAUUAUUAAAUUCAAAUUUAUUUUUUAUGCUUUUUCUUCCACCAAUUAUAUUUGAACAAGGUUAUCAUUUACAUAAAGGAAAUUUUUUUCGAAAUCUUGGAACUAUAUCAACAUUUGCUAUAUUUGGUACAACAAUAAAUGCAUUAGUUACUGGUGUUGGUCUAUAUUUAUUAGGAAUAGUUAAUUUAUCAUAUAAAUUACCAUGGAGAGAAUGUUUUAUUAUUGGAUCACUUAAUUCUGCUAUUGAUCCUGUAGCUAUUUUAUCAAUAUUUCAAGUACUAAAUGUUGAUCAAUUAUUAUAUAUGCUUGUUUUUGGUGAAUCAAUCUUAAAUGAUGCUGUAGCUAUUGUAUUAACAAAUGUUAUUGUAGAAUCAAAAAGACAAUUUGAAAAUAUUAAUACAACUAAAUUAACAGCUUAUUCAAUGAUUGGUUUAUUAACAAGUUCAAAUUUGACAACAAUUCCAUCAAUAACAACAUCUGUUCGACAACGAAAUUAUAAUAAUUUAAUUCAUCGUGGUGAAGAAAAAUCUUUAUAUGAACCAAAAGUAGAUGUAUCAACUUUAUUUCAAAAUGAAAAUGAUAAUAAAUAUCCUUUAACAAAUAAUGACAUUGAAGAUCGUAUUAAUCCAGAUAUUUUUAAUGAUUAUCCAGAUAAGGAUAAUAUUCCAUUAAAGAAAAAAAGAAAAAUAUCAUCAAAAUUUAAACGAGCUAUACAAAUCAAUAGUACAACAACACCAUGGACAACACAAGUUGUUACAUCAAUUAAAACUUUAAUGCAAAUUUCUACUCGAUUUUCUUUAAUGUUUUAUUCAUCUGGUUUUCUUGGUCUUAUAUUUGGUUUAACAAGUGCCUUAUUAACAAAAUAUAUGGCAUUUGAUAAAAGUUCAUUAUCAUUAGAAAUAUCACUUCUUCUUCUAACUGCAUAUGCAUCAUAUAUGUUUGCUGAAUUAUUUCAUUUAUCUGGUAUUAUGUCAAUACUUGUAUGUGGUUUAACAAUGUCACAUUAUACACAUGAAAAUCUUUCAACUGUUGGCCGUCAAUCAAUAACUGUUCUUUUUCGUACAAUAUCAUUUUUAGCUGAAACUUGUGUUUUUGUUUAUUUGGGUUUGGGAAUAUUUGAAUAUCAACAUGCAUUUCAUCCAAAACUUAUUUUUUGGACUAUUUUAUUAACAUUAAUUGGACGUGCAGCACAUGUUUUUCCUUUAUCAUUUGUAAUGAAUUGUUUUCGAUCUAAAAAUCAUCGAAUUACAUUUUCAAUGCAACUUAUUAUGUGGUUUGCUGGAUUAAGAGGUGCCAUUUCCUAUGCACUUUCCGUUCACGUCGGUCAAUAUUAUGGUGAAGGCGAAGAAGAACUUAAACGAACUCUUGUUACAACUACACUAGUAACUGUUCUAUUCACAAUACUUGUUCUAGGUGGUCUAACCAUGCCUGUAGUAAAAUUUAUUCGACGACAUACAUCAUCAUCAUCUCAUCAACGUUCAUUAGAAUCAUUAGAUGAUAUGAAUUUACAUGCAAUGAUGAGUAAAACAAUUCAAUUUGAUGACUUACUUAAUGAUGAUGAAAAUUAUAUGCAUCAAAGAAAACAUAAUAUAAAUGAUGAUGAUAAUGAUAAUUAUGAAAUUCAUUUUGCUAAACCAAAUACUAUGAAAGGUUUAGAAAAAUUAAAUGAAUUUUAUAUAAAACCAUUACUUAUACGAAAAUCAUCAUUAAAACAAAAUGAUGAACAAGAUAUAAAACAACAUGAUCGUAAACCAUUAUUAUCAUCAUCGAAUGGAAAGAAAUCGUCAUUUAUUGAUGAUCUUGAAGAUGAUGAUGAUGAUGAAGAUGGUGAAGAUGAAUUACUUGUUGUAAAUCAAUUACGACAAGAAAAUUUUCAAUUAAAACCAAUAAAUCAAAAAUCAAAAAAUACAACACGAAUAAAUUUUACAUCCCAUGAUACUUAA